CUGCAGUGGAAGAAUUCUUGCAGAGCUUUUAUUCUGCCCCUUUAAGGGGCCUCAAGUGACGCCGCCUUCAGUUCAGCCGCGGAGGAAAACUUAUUCUGACUUUGCAGAAGGAAGCUACUUUCCAGGAUAAACGCGCAGCCGCGAUGCAGCUCCAAAUAAAGCACCUAGUGCGCCUGAAUCCCCGCGUCGCUGUGCAGCGCAGGAGGCUCCCCGGGAGGAAACUUUGGUCCUGCUGCGAAACUGCAACACGGCCGCACGCGGGUGCAGGAGCGUGGAGCUGCAGGUUUUACGCAUCCGACUGCGCAUACAGCCGAGCCUUCUCCGCGGCCAGAGAGCAGCCCGAUGUUUUCUGGGGGGAGAAGGGACUCGAUAUAGACUGGUUUGAACCGUGGACCAAAACUUUGCACGUUGAGGACCCGGUGUUCCCAAACUGGUUUGUUGGAGGGAGGCUGAACAUGUGCUACAACGCUGUGGAUCGUCACGUAGAAAGUGGCCGUGGAGAGCAGCCUGCCAUCAUUCAUGACAGCCCGGUGACUGGAACUAAAAAGAUUAUCACUUACGGGGAACUCCAAGCCCAGGUGUCCAAACUAGCUGGAGUCCUCGUCAAGAAUGGGGUUCGCCAAGGAGAUCUCGUUGUCAUCUACAUGCCGAUGGUGCCAGAAGCUAUGAUUGCCAUGCUGGCUUGUGCUCGGAUCGGUGCCCCGCACAGCCUCAUCUUCGGAGGCUUUGCUUCCAAAGAACUUUCCGUCCGCAUCGAUCAUGCCAAACCUAAGCUGAUGGUUACAGCUUCAUUUGGCGUUGAGCCUGGCAGGAGAGUGGAGUACAUUCCUCUGGUGAAGAAGGCCCUGGAGAUGAGCUGUCACAGACCCUCCAAAGUCCUCAUCUACAACAGGCCUAACAUGGAGAAAGUGUUCCUUAGUCCAGAAUUGAGUUUAGACUGGGACGAAGAGAUGGCCUCGGCUCGGCCACAUGAGUGCGUAUCUCUGCCCUCUAAUCAUCCUCUAUAUGUUCUCUACACAUCUGGAACCACCGGAACUCCAAAGGGUGUUGUGCGAGAUACCGCGGGCUAUGCUGUAAUGCUGAAAUGGACCAUGUCAAAUAUUUAUGGACUCAAACCUGGAGAUAUUUGGUGGGCAGCUUCAGAUCUGGGCUGGGUGGUCGGUCACUCAUACAUCUGCUAUGCUCCUUUGCUCCACGGCAACAGCACCAUCCUUUACGAGGGAAAGCCCGUGGGGACUCCAGACCCCGGAGCAUUCUUCCGUGUCCUGUCGGAACACGGGGCCUCCUCCAUGUUUACAGCCCCCACCGCCAUCCGGGCCAUUCGCCAGCAGGACCCCCACGCCGCGAAUGGGAAAAAAUAUGCUCUGAACAGGCUGCAGUCAUUGUUUGUGGCAGGAGAGCGAUGCGACGUGGAGACUCUGGAAUGGGCAAAGAAGAACUUUGGGGUUCCUGUCCUGGAUCACUGGUGGCAGACUGAAACCGGUUCUGCCAUUACAGCCUCCUUUAUGGGUCUGGGAGGCUCACUUACGCCACCUGCAGGCCAGGCUGGGAAACCCGUUCCAGGUUACAAUGUGACAGUCAUUGAUGACCAAAUGCAGGAGGUGAAGCCGAGAACUCUGGGAAAUAUUGUGGUGAGGCUGCCUUUACCCCCUGGAGCAGCGCUGUCGCUGUGGGAGAACAAGAGUUUGUUCAAGAAACUUUACUUCUCUAAGUUCCCUGGAUACUAUGACACCAUGGAUGCAGGUUUUCUGGACGAAGACGGCUUCCUCUACAUUAUGUCCCGGUCUGAUGAUGUCAUCAACGUAGCAGGUCACAGGUUAUCAGCAGGAGCUUUGGAGGAGUCGGUGCUGCUCCAUUCUGCAGUGGGAGACUGCGCAGUCGUGGGUCUGGAGGACUCCCUGAAGGGUCACAUUCCUUUAGCGCUGUGUGUGCUUAAAAAUGAGGUGCGGGACACUGAGGAGAAAGUGAGGACAGAGAUUGUGAAGCUGGUGAGGGACACCGUUGGGCCUGUGGCUGCCUUUAAGAACGUUCUUUUCGUUCAAGGACUUCCAAAGACUCGCUCCGGAAAAAUUCCCCGCUCUUCCUUAUCCAACCUGAUCAACGGCAAACCCUAUAAGGUCACUCCAACCAUUGAGGAUCCAGAAGUGUUCAAAGACAUCGAGAGACAAGUAGGCAAAUUUCAGAGAAGUUAGCCUGGAAGGAUUUUCGGGUCGGCUCGUCUAACGAGAAAAAUCAAAGACUGAUUCCAUCAUAGGACUUCACAAAUGACCAAUCGCUAAAAGCUUUUCUGUUUUUUAUUGACAAUGAAAAUUUGUUUGCUCACCACAUAUUUUUAGACCAAAGUACAAGAAGUAAUAAAUAAAAAAAAAGAAUAAAUGGAAA